AUGUUUAGGCAACAAUCAAAAUAUUUAAAGACUUUAUUUUUAAAUUUUAAAAAUAGUAAUAUAAUUAAUAAUAAUAAUAAUAAUAAUAAUAAUAAUAUAUUAAAAAGUAGUAAAUUUACUACUACUACAUCAACUAUAAACAAUAAUAAUAAUAAUAAUAAUAAUAAUAAUAAAAAAAAUAAUAAUAAUGAAAUAAUUGAAAUUGAAGAAUUAAGAAAUAAAAUUAAUAGAUAUAAUGAUUUAUAUUAUAAUAAAUCUAAAAGUGAAAUAUCAGAUUUCGAAUAUGAUAAAUUAUUUAAAAGAUUAGAAAUUUUAGAAAAGAAAUUUAAUCAACAAACUAUUACUAAUCAAGUUGGAGCACCAAUUAGUGAUUAUAGUAAUAAUAGAGGAUUAAAAUUCAGACAUAAAUCAAGAAUGUUAUCAUUACAAAAUACUUAUUCAAAAGAUGAUAUAAUUGCAUUCAAAAAUAAAAUUGAGAAAUUUCUAUUAAAAAAACAAACAUCACAACAACAACAACCACAACAACAAAUUGAAUACUCUUUAGAAUUGAAAUAUGAUGGUAUUGGUAUAAGUUUAGUUUAUGAAAAUAAUAAAUUAAAAAGAGUUUUAACAAGAGGUAAUGGUGAAAUUGGUGAAGAUAUCACAACAAAUGCAUUACAAUUUAUUCCAUCACUUAAAAAUUUAUUAACUUUACCUUCAAAUUUAACCGUAUUUAUUUUAUUUCUAAUAUUAAAAUAUAAAGAUUUUGAAAUUAGAGGUGAGGUUGUUUUAAAUAAAUCAUAUUUAAAAAUUAUAAAUAAAUUAAAACUUGAUAAUAAUGAUCAACAUCAAUAUAAAAAUACAAGAAAUAUUGUAUCUGGUAUUCUAAGGAAAUCAAUUGAAGAAGAUGCUAAUGAUUCAUUAAAUAUUGAACCAAUAUUAUUAUUAAAUGAACAAAUGAAAUUUGAUUUCUUUCCAUACUUUUUUAUACCAACUAAUAAUAACAAUAAUAAUAUUAAUAAUGGUGAAAAUGAAAAUGAAAAUGAUAAUGAAAAGGAAAAUGACAAUGAAAUGAUAAUUGAUGAUGAACGUUGUAAUACACAAUCAAAGAAUUUAAAACUUUUUGAAAAAAUGGGAUUUCAAAUUGAUAAUGGUUCAAAUACAGUUGUAACUUUAUCUACUGGUGGUGGUGGUAAUAAUAAUGAUAUAAAAAAUAUUGAAGAAUUUAUAAAAGAAUGGGAACUUAAAAAAAGAGAGAAUCAUAAUUGGGAUAUUGAUGGUAUAGUUAUAAAAGUGAAUGAUAUAAAUAUUCAAAGAAUAUUAGGAGACAUUAAUAGAUCACCAAGAUGGGCUUUUGCAUAUAAAUUUGGAGCAAAGAGUGAAAUUUCAACAAUAAAAGAUAUAGUUUUACAAGUUGGUAAAAGUGGUAGAAUUACACCAGUUGCAUUGGUUGAACCAAUUCAAGUUCAUGGUGUUACCAUUUCUCGUGCAACUUUAAAUAAUCUCUCAUACAUCAAUAAAUUAAAUAUUAAAAUUGGUUCAAAAGUUUUAAUUGAACGUGCUGGUGAUGUAAUUCCAAAAAUAAUUACUAACCUUGAUGAUAAUAUCAAUAAUACCAAUACCAAUACCAAUACCAAUAAUACCAAUAAUAUUGAAUCAUUAUUUAAAUGUAAUGAAAAUGGUAAUAUAUUAUGUCCAUGUAAUUUAAAAAGUGAAUUAGUUAAUAGAGUUGGAUAUGUUGAUUAUUUUUGUGUUGCUGAAAAUUGUCCAAAUCAAUUAGUUCAACAAAUUUCAUGGUUUGUUGAUAAGAAAGCAAUGAAUAUUCAAGGUGUUGGUAAAAGUCAAAUUCAAGUAUUAUUAGAGAAUCAAUUAAUUGAAGAUUUCGGUGACUUGUAUGAACUUUAUCAAUUUAAGGAAAAACUAUUAUCAUUGAAAGGUUUUAGUCAUACAAAAGUUAAUAAUUUAUUAGAAUCAAUUGAGGAUAGUAAAUCACGUGGUUUAGCUUCACUACUCUGUGCUAUAGGUAUACCUGGUAUUGGAAGCUCAAAUUCAAAGAUCCUCUCUGAGAAAUUUCAAUCUCUGGAUAAUCUAAUUAAUUCACCAUCAAUCGAAUCAAUUGAAUUACAAUCUGGUCUUGGUAGACAAACUUCUGAAUCAAUCUUUAAUUUCUUUAACCCAUUAGAUCAAUUUGAAAAACAAUAUUUAGAUUAUUUAAUUUUUAAAUUUAAAUCAAAUAAUUUAAAAUUAACUCAUAAUAACAAUAAUGAUAAUAAUGAAGAAAUUGGUAAUAAUAAUAAUAAUAAUAAUAAUGAAAAUAAUAAUAGUUUUUUAUCAAAUAAAUAUAUUGUAAUUACUGGUAAAUUUAAAUUGGGUGAUAGAGAUUUUGUAAAAGAUUUUAUUCAAAGAAAAUUUAAUGCAAAAGUUCAAUCAUCAAUAAAUUCUUUUACUCAAAUUCUAUUAAUUGGUGAAAAACCUGCAAUUGCAAAAUUAAAUAAAGCAAAUGAAUUGGGUAUACAAAUAAAAAGUGAAAAUGAACUUGAUAUUAAACAUUAA